AUGCCUGGUAUCAAGUUGGGUCUCGCGUUGGCCUCUGGGCAGUGCCAGCCGGUAUUUGGCUUUCGCCUUUACUUUUUUUCCGUGCUGCGCUCCUCGCUACCCCUACAGCAGCAACGUUACACGCUGACAGCAGCAGCAGCAUCACCAGCGGCAGCGAUUGAACAGCAACUACGGCAACAGCAACAGCAGCAACCUACUGCAAGAUAA